CAUGUCCCGAAACGAACCGUUCCUGCUGAUUAAAACAACUUCCAGCACUUUUCUGCGCCGCGGAUUAUUGUUUCAAAGUUCAUCAUCCACGUCGCUGCGUCAAGCUGCUCACCGCGUAACCGGAACUCGAGCGUCAGAGGCUUCAAAAUAAAAGCGUAAAUUAAUGACCUAAAAGUUAAACUGGAUCGGGGGCGUACGUUUUUAUCCAUUUUCAAACUAUUAUUAUAUUUUGUUUGUGCCAUUAGUUAUACAGUUUAAUCACACAUGAAACUUAUAAAAUCUAUCAUGCAGUCGCAACAAAAUUUUAUCAGCAGUGGUAAACAACAUUUUCAAGCUGUUAUGUUUACUUUUUAAAUUCAACUAAACCCGCAGUUUAUUUGCUUUUAUAUGUAACGAGAUGGAAGACUUAUUUCAAGCUCCAGAAUGGGCUGGGAGAUGGUUAUUUUAUUGUUGUUUUUAUGCAUCAUCACAUGCUGUACCCUGAGUUGUCUUUGAAACACGAAAGGUGAGUAGUGUGAAUGUUUGAACUGAUUUUAUGCAUAAUUAUACAAGUUAUAAAAAAAUCACAUGCACACACAAAACAGGACUUUUUCCUGUUGAUCCUCAUUGUGAACUUUUAUCCCUCGAGCUCUGAACACAUUUUUACAUUUAUUGUUGUCUUUGAUUUGUAGAUCUUAGGCAAAGGAUUUACUUGUAAAAAGGUUUUUGCCAGACUGACACACACAUACUUAUGUUCAUAAGACUUUUUUUUGCCCCCAAUCCCACCCCAAAGUCCCAAUUUUCUAGGGGAGACUCAUUCUGCCUCAAUAUUUCCAGAAAUGACCGAGUUAAAGAACAAAUCCAGCUUAUUUAUGAAUCUCACUUGUCAAAACCACUAAACCUGAGGUGAAUUUUUAAUUAAGCUGUUCUGUAAUAUGUUUUUGUUUUUUUUAUAAUUACCUGCUGUCCUCCUGGACUCACCUGACUGUGUGUGUUUCUAGCACUAUUGUUAUAACGGGUUAGUUACAUUACUUCCGUUUGGCUUUCAAAAUAAAGCUUCGUUUCAACCCGCUUUUAAUAUUUGUACUGUUAGUCGUACAGCAGAUGUUAUAAAUGACUGUUUGACUUUAGUUUCACACAAACUUAUUAAAAUCGCUGCAUUUGGCGCAGUUUAUUCUUCCUGUCGAUGUUUGUUGAUGCUUUUAUAUAACAUUUAAGCUGCAGAAAGCUUCCCCCAAACAGAAUUCUACUUAUGUAAAAAGUUUGGUUAUAUAAAAGCAGGAUUUAUCAUCUGCAGCUAUCAAAUGUUUUACUAGGACAAGUGGAUUUUACUUCGUCUGUUAGCAAAAUAUCUUUCGAACCACCGGAUGAAUUUUAAUGCAACUUGCAGAAAGUAAUCCCUGAAUGUGCAUCAACAGCUGAUUAACCUUUGGAGCCAAAAGAGCUAGAGAUAAGCGCCACAUUUUAACAAACUUAAAUAAAACAAAAAUUGCUACAAUAAAGCAAAUUUUACAGAAAAUGAGCUACAAUUUGGAUUGGUAGUAGCUGAGACUGAUCCCCAGCUUGAACCCUGCAUUAAGUGAUCGUGCAACAUCUGUUUAAACUUCAUGAAUGGAUUUUUGUGAAAUUUUCAAAAUGGCUGUUCUGAUUGAAAUGGCUACAUUUUGUUUGAUUUUAAAGAUAUUGAGCAAAGAUUUGGUGUUAAUCACAAUAAAAAGGCUUUUAUUUUUGAAAGUUACAAAUACUCUGGAUUAUGAGAUGACAGCUAAAUAGUCUGGACGGUUCCAUAAAACUCCUCAUGGAUCCUGCUUUCAGCGGGUUUUUAUUCCCAGAAAGAGCCUCAUUAAAAUGUUUUUGUGACACACACACACACACACACACACACACACACACACACACGCAAAAGAAUGUUCUGGAGUCAAGCCGACCCAAACGGUCCUCCCCUCCCAGAACCAGCAGCCGCUCGUACUUUUCUCUUCCUGAAACACAAACAGAACAGAUCAGACGUUACAUUUCAUCGUUCAGCUGCUGUAAACUCAKCCCAGGUGUGUUUCAGGUGUGAGCAGGAUGGUGGGUGUGUCAGGGCGUGUCUGAGGCUGAGUGAUGGCGUCCACCUUCUCCCGGCUGCUGAGUGGAUUUCGUAGCAGACUCCUACGAUGCUCUGAACACCAGCGGUUCGUCUGGUUCCUGACAGCACUCUACGGCUGCCGGUGGCRCCGCUACGAGAGGAGCGACGUUCGGCCGGAGAGCUGCUGUUGCGGAAAGUUCGAAGGCRCCUUCUUCACUCUGACCGUCGCAGCGUUCUGCCUCAUGGUGGUGCUUCUCUACUUCUGGGGACAAACAGAAAACGACUACAAUGACUUUGACUGGUUUAACUUUGCGAACUUGGGUUUCUGGUUCCCCUGGUCUGUGGUGCUGCUGGUCCUCGUUGCAGGUUUCUUCAGCUACGUCUCUGUUCUCAUGCUUCUGGCUGUUUGUUUGCUGUCAGAGGCCCAGAAGCUCCGUUUACACUGGAGUCACAAGGUCGGGAUCCUGGUGAGCCUGACGUUCGCCAUCGCYACCACCACCGUCCUGACCGAACUGUGGGGAGACGAAUGGAUGACGGUGCUGCUGUCUCUCCAGGUGACGGCGCCGUACCUUCACGUGGGCGGAGUCUUACUGAUGACGCCACUGGCCUGGCCCGUGGCUCUGCAUGUCUUUCGCAUGAAAUGCAGAGUGAGGAGGGGUCUGAUCCUGGGGGUCUACYUGGCGGUCCUGUUGGUCCUCUACCUGGUGCCUCUCGGUUUGUAUUCCCCCUGCAUCAAAGAGAAGGGGACUCUGGGCCCAGCCCCGGCCAUCAUGGGUCACAGAGGAGCCCCCAUGCUCGCUCCAGAAAACACCCUGAUGUCGUUCGAGAAGGCCGUGGAGGCAGGAAGCGCCGGCCUGGAGACAGACGUCACCAUAAGUUUGGACGGCGUGCCCUUCCUGAUGCACGAUGACACUUUAAGACGCACCACCAACAUCCACGAGGUUUUCCCCAACAGGACCAAUACCCCGGCGGCCAUGUUCACCUGGAGCGAACUGCAGAGGCUGAACGCCGGGUCCUGGUUCCUCUCACAAGACCCCUUUGGGACGGUGAGGUCACUGCAGGAGGAGGAGCGGAGGCAGGCGGGGAACCAGUCRGUCUGCAGCCUGCAGGCCUACCUCCAGCUGGCAGCGUGGACCCAGAAACUGGUGAUCUUUGACCUUUACCGGCCGCCCACAAGUCACCCGCACCRCUAUGACUGGAUCCAACGAACGCUGGAGGUCAUCCACGAGUCACACAUCCAGUCCUCACAGGUGCUCUGGCUGCCAUCACACCAGCGCUCUUGGGUCUAUCGGACCGACCCGGAGCUGCAGCAGACUUCAGGAAGUCGUCGGUCUCCGGAGGAGCUGCGGCUCGACRACAUCGUCAAACUCAACCUACCCUACAGCUCCAUGUCUGCGGAGCUCGUCAGAGAGUACGCUGCAGCCAACGUCUCCACCAACCUGUACGUGGUCAGCCAGCCGUGGCUCUUCUCUCUGGCCUGGUGCUCCGGAGUCCACUCGGUCACCACAAACGCCCCCCAGCUGCUCCGGACCAUCAGAGCCCCCCAGUUCCUUGUGAGUCCAAACGAGUACAACCAGAUGUGGAUUCUCACAGAUUUCCUCUCCUCCGUCUUGAUCUUCAUCAUCUUCUACUUUCACUGGUGGCGAGAGCGACAACUGACUUCCUGUUCAGUCGGUGUUCUAACGCAGGAGGAGAGCAACGCCUACGUUCAGUUCAAAACGGAGAUGGGGGACAUCUGGUCCGUCUCCAGCCCUCAGACAACAUCGGGUCCAGUCCCCAUCAAUGAGCCCUGACUGGUUUUUGGCAAAAACUGGAUUAAAUCCUCAAGUGACUUUAGAAGUGUAAUAUUUGAGU